AUGAAAUUCGUAAAGUUAACAUCCGAUUCUUACCCAAUCAAAUACUACAGCAGAACGUAUAAAGUUACCAACACAUUGAAAAUAAAAGGAAUAGGUUUAAUUAACCAAGAUGAAGAAAGCAUAAAAAAUUUCUUGCAGAAAUUCGAUGUCAGUUUUAUGGCUUAUUUAAUAUAUGAACAAGAUGUUAUAUACGUGGAAUUUUAUAAGAAGAAGGAUUGUGCAUAUGUUUUUAACUUUUUAAACAACAACCCACUGGAUCAAUCACAUACACAGAAAAUGGAUAUAAAAGCUGAGUAUGUAAAUGUGAAAUACAACCCAAAGAGCGAUCCUUCAACUACCUACUCAAAGGAUUAUUCCCGUCUUGUAAUCGUUACUCCUCCAAGUUACAUUAACGACAAUGAUAGGAGUAGCUGUAACGAAUGGAGCGACAGGAGCAGUGGCAGUGACAGAGAGGAAGAUGUUUCUUUCGAAGCGGAUGCCGUUAGCAAAGACAUGGAAGAUGAAAUUAUCAGAAAAUAUGAAGAAGAACAGUGGCAAAAGUACACCAAGAACGAUGAAAUCAACAUAGGACAUUACUUCUGCAGAAGCACCCCUAAUAAAAUUUAUAAGUCUUAUUGCAUACAAGAUGAGAACCUGUUUUUUACUUCUGAAUUCUUAGAACGAAUAAAAAUUCUGUUUAAUGGUAGAUAUCCAAACCAAAUAUCAAUUCUCAAAUGCCACACGAAUAAAUCCGUUGAAUAUGUAAUCGAAUCUAGAUACAUCUUCCAGGAUGAAAUCGGUUUCUUAGUUCUGCACAAUGACUUACCAAUGUCUUUUCUAGAUAUCAGAAACGAAGUGAAAACCAAUCUGGUGGUUGCAAAAAACACGUUCAUAAAAAUUAAAGGCAGGAGAAGAUACGAGUUACUUUUUGGAAUUCCAAAGAAAAAAACAGUAGCAUUGGAUAGCGAGAUUUUGCACAGAAAAAAUAGUUAUUUAAUCAUUUUCAGAUUCAUUGACGAAUCUAACUUGCAAAAUAUGUUAUCUCAAAAACAUAGAAACGAGAAAGCUAAAGACCAACCACAAGAGAAGAGUUGCAUCCCGGUGAAUGUGAACCAUUACACGUCAGAUAACUUAGAACGAAAGUACGUCCUCGAUGUAUAUAAUCAAAUAGCCAAGCACUUUUGCUACACCAGAUACAAAUCUUGGAACAACGUAGAAAAUAUUAUUAACGAAGAGAGAGAAGGAAAUAUAAUUAUGGAUGUUGGUUGUGGAAAUGGCAAGAAUGUACAAGUUUCGUCUAAAUAUUUUUUUAUAGGAUUAGAUUUUAGUUUAUAUCUUUUAAAAUUAGCUCAGAAAAAACGGAACACGGAUAUCAUUCUUGCGAAUUGUGUUAACAUACCUAUGAGAUCUAAUUUGGCAGAUCUCUGCAUUUCCAUUGCAGUAAUUCAUCAUAUUGGUACACAUGAGAAAAGACGACAAGCUGUAUCUGAAAUGGUUAGAUGCACAAAAGUAGGAGGCAGGGUUCUAAUAUAUGUCUGGGCAUACGAGCAACAGGAAAAUAUCGUUGGCAACAGGAAGUUCGACUCUCAAGACAUUUUCGUUCCGUGGUACUUGCAGCAACAACACACUGUGGAAUUCAACCAAGGGGUAAAGGAGGACGAAGGGAAUAUUUCCCCUCUUCCAAAAAAAGAUUUGCUAAAAUUGCAGAGAUAUUACCACGUUUUUAAAAAAGAAGAACUAUACAAUUUAUGCUUGAGCAUCAGUGGUGUGCAUGUUGAAAAUUUCUUUUUUGAUAAUAACAAUUGGGUGAUUCUCCUGAGGAAAGUUGGAUGA